GUUGUGCGUCGGUACGGCUCGAAUGUUCGACCGUUUCUCUUUUUCAAACGACUACCUGAAGCCUAUACCAAUGUAAAAACGACCGAGUGACAACAACAACAAAAAAAAAAAAGAAAAAGGUCCGAAAUAGUUUCCUGAUGAUAAUAAUGCGCUUGGAGAAACCGAAGGGACUGUUCAGGUUGAAAUUCAAGAGACCGUUCAAGGUCAGAACCAUCAAGGAGUACAACCGAUUCAGAGAGAGACAGUUAGAGAAGAAUAAACUUAAGGGAGUCGAUGGAGUAUCUCAACACUACGAUAGCCUACAGCAGCAGCAGCAACAGCAACAACAACAGCAGCAGCAGCAGCAACACCAGGCAGAGUUACAACAGCACAAACAGCCCCUCAAGGAUACGACAAACACGCCCCCCAAGUGUCACAAGGUGAACAAUAAUAACGAGGAGGGACAGAACAACAAUCAGGAGCCGUCUUCUACGCAGGAUAACGAGGGCAAUCAUCAACAAGGUUCGCGAUCUCUACAGUGUUUGGAAACAUUGGCCCAAAAGGCCGGGAUACACGACAUCACGGCGGACGAUUGCAAGUACGAUGUGGCAAACACACUUUUGAACUUGGACAGGGGACACGAGUUCAUCAAACAAAACGUGGACAUGUCGGUUUCUAUGGCAUCGGACAUCAAUAAGCAGCAACAAAUGGUAGACCAAAACAAUCAAGCUGUCCAACAACAACAACAACAACAAGAACAACAACAGCAACAACAACAACAACAGCAGCAACAACAACAACAGUAUCAACAGAUGCAACAGCAACAACAACAGCAGCAGCAACAACAGCAGCAACAACAACUUGUCCAGGCGGCGCAGAGUCCGCAUCUGCAACAAGUGACCGUGAACGCGCAGGGGCAACAAUGCAUACAAACGGCGACGAACAUGGGGCCCCCACAGCAGCCGCAGCACGUGCAACCGAUGCAUCAGCAACAAGUUGCGCAACAGGGUCAACAGGUUCAGAUACAGACUCAGGGGGCGCAGGUUCUCGCCGCGGCGCAGAACGCUGCGCAAACGAGCGCCACCAUUACCACUAUGGCGCCGUUGCAACAGAAUCAACAAGCCGCGCAUCCGCAACAAGUUGACUGGGGUCACGGUAGGGUCCAAGUAAUCCAACAGCCGACCCAAAACUCCAUGUAUCUGCAACAAUUGUACAACCCCCAAGGGCAACUGCUGAUGCCCGGAAAUAUCGCUUUGCAUUCCAGCAUCAAUCCGCAACAAAUCCAGGUUAUAACUAAACCGUUCCAAGGUAACUUAGGUAACCAGAUAGCGGCCGGUCCACACAUGAUAACCGCGGCCCAAGGGAAGCAAGCGGUGCUCCAGGGUAGUCAGGCGACCACGUUUCCCGGUUACACCACCAUCCCGACCAUUCCGACCACCCAGAAUCAGCAAACGUUGGUGUUCAGUCAGCUGGGGGUGAUCAGCUCUCAGCCGAAUAUACUGCCCAACCAUUCUGGACAGGCGACCGCACAAGUUGCUCAACAGAAACCGCAGGAAAUGCACAAACCUGGCGGCCAACCGAUGCAGUUCACCAACAGUCUUCCCUGGCAAUUUACAAAUGGUAUUCCGCAAGUGUGGGCCACCAAUAGCCUCCCAUCCCAGGCUCUAUUGGCCCCUAACCCGAUUUUUAUUAGGGGCACCCAGGCCGACGGCACCCCUGGGAUGUUCAUCCAACAGAACCCUCAGACUGCUACGAUACAAACUCAACAAAAUCAAGCCAUCGCCACACAAGGAACAGUCGCCCAAGCGACCAAAACGCGCCCGAUAAACGAAAACAUUCAACCGAAACAGACUCCGAAUCGUCCAUUGAACAUUUUGCCAUCGAACGCGGCCAAUAUUCGACCGGCCAGUUCUGUUUCCACGCAAACGAUAGGCGCCCAAACACCGACAUAUACAUUGCAGACGAUGGGCGGGAACAAACAGGGGGCCAAGAUGAGAACCAAAGCCCCACAAAUACGAUCUCCGGCACCGAAGGCCGACGCCGCCAACCAAACCCAAAUGAAAUCUUAUACGAACCUACAACAGCACAUCGUAGGCAACAAAAUGUUGGUGAUGAACACUUCGACCGGUAUGACGACAACGAUGACGCCCGGCUCGCCAAUGACCGCCGAGAAGGCCCAACAGUUGGCCAAUCAGAACAAACAAGCUCAACAGGCGACCAACGCGCAGAUGCAACAAGUCACUUUGCAACAGCAACAACAACAGCAGCAACAACAGCAGCAGCAACAACAGCAGGUGAUGCAACAGGCGAUGCAACAGUAUCAGAUACAGCAGCAGGGCCAACAGCAACAACAGAUCGCCAAGCCUAUGAUGAUCCAAACGAUCCAAGGUAUCCCUCAGCAACAGAUCCAAAUGUCGACAGGUGACCGGCCUAUAGUGCCGGUCGUGUCAAUGUCACAGCAAAGUGCCCAGCAGGUGCAACAGCAGAUUCAGCAGCAGAUUCCGGGUGCGAUACAGCAGGGUAUCCAGUUACAAGGCAACCUGGCCGUUACGCAACAACCCAUGCAGAUGAACAUGCAACAAAUACAUCCUCAACAAAUCGCUCAGAUGACAGCACCGCCUGGCACCAUCCUAACCAGUCAAAUACAGCCGGCGACCAAUCAGACUGUAGUGCCCCAAGUGGUGACCCAGCAACAGCCCGUACAACAGAUGCAACAAAUCACCGUUGCCGCCCAACCUCAGCAACAGCCUCAGCAACAAGCGGUUACCCAGCACCAACAACAGGUUCCUCUUCCGCCGGCGGUACCUCCUGUACCCGAUAAGGACGACACGCCAUCUAGUAUGCAACAACCGACUGAAAACUUUUUACAGGCGACAGCUGUCAAUCAGAUGACGCCGGUCAGUACCACCACCGUUGCAGAUCAGACGUCAAAAGAUUUGGUCGUCACUUCUGACGGGAGCGGUCCUCAACCAGAAUCCAAAGAAGCUCAGGAUCUCUUAAAACCUCAACCGCAAGACCAACUGAUCCAAGCUACACCCCUACCGGGUACCGUGCCCAGUCAACCGGCCACCUCGACGACCACCACGAGUACCACCACCUCCUCGGAAAUCGGUGGUAUACCACUGGCUGCUACCGCCGAAGAGGUGAAAGAGAGGUGUCCUCCUAAGGCGAUGGUCAAGCCUCAGGUCAGUAAAAUUCUCACUCACGUGAUCGAGGACUUUGUGAUACAGGAGUCCUCUGAACCGUUCCCGGUUAAUAGGAGCGGCAUGAUUAGCGAAAUUAAAUCGGCACAUUCGACGAACGAGAGGGACGACGAACCACCAAGAAAAAAACUGGCAUUAUCGCCAGGUUCUUUAUCACCGAAAGGCGACAUGGCCAAAUGCGAGGCCUGCGGAAUCGUCGAUCACAAGUCGAAGUUCAAGAAAAAUAAGAGAUUUUGUUCGGCAGCGUGUGUCAAAAGUGGUAAGAAUAAGGAGGACAAGAAGAAAUGGGACAAACCGGAGGACAUGGAUACCGACGAGCAUAAGGCCGAAAGUACCAGUCCCGCCACUGCUGAGGACAAUAUCCCGAAAGUGGAUCCUCUUAAAUGGGGGGUGCCAGAAGUGGUGGAAUUUAUCAAGAACUUACCUGGAUGCUCCGAUUACGCGGAAGACUUCCUGAUCCAAGAGAUCGACGGUCAAGCUCUGAUGCUCCUGAAGGCGGACCAUUUGAUGACCGCUAUGUCGAUAAAACUCGGUCCGGCCCUAAAAAUUGUCGCGAAAAUCGACGAUAUGCGUACUGAUAAGGAACCACCCAAGCAACAAUAAGUGAACGUUUAAAGACGUGCACUACAGGUAUUAUAUUUUGGAGUCCAACAAUCCCUUAAAAAUAGAAGGAAAUUUCGUUAAGGGGGUUAUCCUAGUUGGAUUAAGACUGAUGAUGAUAAUUGAUCUAACCAUUAACGAAGCGGUUUUAAUAUAGUAGUAAUUUAUAGGUGACCUUUUGGGCACCCUAGAUCUGACUUUGACAAAACAAUCGUGUAAAUAUUGUACAAACUGAAACCAAAUAAUUUAACAAAAAAACAAUGAAAUUGUACAUUAUUCGUCCAUUGUAGGCACUGUAGAACUAAUAAAAUUUUAAUUGUAUAUAGUAAGAUUAAUUUAUAUAAUAAAGUAUACUUAAGGGCUAAAUAAAUAUAUUGUUUCUUAAUAUACGGGGCGUAACAGCCGCGGUCGGUCUUUAUUAACAUCACUUUCUAUAGUGUUUAUCCGACCGCGGCUGUUGUCCUGUAGGUCCGUUCAAAUGUGCAAUUUGUCUGUUUGUUAGGUUAUUAAUUUAUUCUUAGGCUUCCCUAGUGUAAAAAAAAGAACGGUGCAGAUAUUCGAAUGAUAUUUGUUACAUGUUUACAUACUGCCACUAAAGAUAAUAAAACGUUUGUAAUUUAUAUAAA